AUGACACAUAAUGGACUUGGAUAUAAAUAUAUAUUUAUAUUAAUAUUAAUAAUAUUAACAUUAAUUACAACGUCACCAACUUAUUGCUCUCUUCAAAAGAGGCAGGCACCAGAACCGGUGAUAGAUCCAAAAAAUCCACCACCACCACCUGGUCCUUGUAAAGACUGUGCUGACAACUGUUGUGCAAGUUACAGAACUUGUUUGAAUGAUCCAAAUUCUAAUCCUACUUCAUGCAAUGAUGCGUCAAAAAAUUGUAAUAUCAAUUGCAACGCGGGAGGAUGCAAAGGUAUAACUUAUUAUCUAAAUUGCAAUAACCCAGAACCAACACCUAUACCAAAAAAUCCACCACCUCCUCCGGGACCAGCACCUAGUACACCUAAAGUAAAUCCAAAAAAUCCACAACCACCUCCAGGACCAGCACCUAGUACACCUAAAGAACCUGUGAAAAAUCCAAAAAAUCCACAACCACCUCCAGGACCAACACCUAGUACACCUGAAGAACCUGUGUUAAAUCCAAAUAAUCCACCUCCUCCUCCUGGUCCUUGUUUGGACUGUAUUAUCAAAUGUUGUGCACCUUAUUCAAGUUGUAUACAAGGCACCAAUUCUAAUCUUAAUCUAUGCGAAGAUGCAUUAAAAAAAUGUAAUAUUGAUUGCAACGUGGGAGAUUGCAAAGAUGUAGAUAAUUUUUAUUACGAUUGUAACUCGCCCAAAACUGUGCCAUCUAGUUCUAUUAAACCGCCAGUAAAAACACCUAUAAUUACUUGCUCCUCCUCUAGUGAUCCUAAAUGUUUUCCACCAGGAAUUGCUCCAAUAAUUACUACUAUUACAAAGGAAGGAGUAGAAACACCAACACAAGUCCCUAAUAACGUAAAAUUGACAACAACCAUAACAACACUUACAUCAUAUUUUGCUGGGUACACAACAACUAACUCUCUGGGAUCGUCUACAUCCAUCCUUCCAUCCACUCUAUACAUAGUGAAGAGUAUUGCAAUUACUGAACCUACUGAACCCGCAAAUAAUAAUACAGUUGCUUCAGAUUGUACUACAAUUUUGUACAAUUUUAAUAUCUAUGGUUUAUGGGAUGUUACAUUAAGUUUAGCUGUAAUCAUUGCAACAUUUAUUUUUAUGAUAUUGGCAUAA